AUUCGCGUAAAGAUAAGAUUCAAUAUAUUAGAGUAAAGUACACAAUUGUAUAUGUGACACCACUACAGAGUUAAUUAUUUUUAUAUCUCGAAAACUGAAAAUCUUUUAAAAACGUAGAUUCAAAGAGAAAAGUAAUAUCCUGCCGUCAAAAUAAUAAGUUAACCUUAUCUAAAUAUCUGCCACCGUAUCAUUUCGAGGUUAUCUUUAUAUAUUGUACAUUUAUAAGAAAACCAGCAACAUGUCGAAGAAUUUAUAUACGAUGGAUGCGGAAUUAAAAGAAUUAGCUAUUUCACUUUAUGAAAUAAACGCAUUAAAAUUUGGAGAAUUUACAACUAAAAUUGGUCUAAAAACACCAGUCUACUUUGAUUUACGAGUAAUAAUUUCGUACCCAAAAGUAAUGGCUCGUUUGGCUAAAAUAUUAUGGAAGUUUGCAGAAGACUGCUCGAAAGUAGAUCAGAUUUGUGGUGUCCCUUAUACAGCCUUACCUUUAGCUACUUUAAUAUCCGUUGAUUCUGAUAUACCAAUGUUGAUUAAAAGGAAAGAAGCAAAAGCAUAUGGCACAAAGAAAAUGAUAGAGGGACAUUUCAAGCCAGGAGAUCAUUGUAUAAUUAUCGAAGAUGUGGUUACAAGCGGUAGCAGUAUCUUAGAAACAGUACAUGCCUUAAGAAAAGAAGGUUUAAAAGUGACAGAAGCUUUUGUGGUAAUUGAUAGAGAACAAGGUGGUAAGAAAAAUAUUGAAAAUCAUGGAAUAAAAGUGAGAAGUCUGUAUACAGUCACCAGGCUUAUGGCAUACCUUCUAGAGACUAAUAAAAUUACACCAAAAAUUGUGAAAGAAGUAACAGACUAUUUGUUGAAAUACCAAGCACCUAUUGUUUCUGUUCAAGACAUUCCAGAGAAAAGAUUGAAGACCCCUUUCCAUGUUCGUGCAACCAAAGCUAAAAAUGAAAUUGCAUCCAAGCUUUUUAAUUUAAUGGAAGCAAAACAAUCUACUAUAUGUUUAGCAGUAGAUUUAACUAAAGUGGACGCGAUUUUAGAGAUAGCAGAUUUAACAGGACCGCACAUUGUAGUGCUUAAAACACACGUAGAUAUAAUAGAUGAUUUUAAUCAUGAUUUUAUAAAACGUUUAAAAGAAUUAGCUAAGAAACACGAUUUCUUAUUGAUGGAAGACAGAAAGUUUGCCGAUAUUGGUAACACAGUAUCUUUGCAAUACGAAAAAGGCAUAUACAAAAUAUCCGAAUGGGCGGAUAUUGUUACGGUUCAUGCAGUCGCUGGACAAAGCAUCAUCAAUGGCUUGAAACAUGGUUUAAAAUGUAUAAACGAACCCCGUGGUAUUUUUAUAUUAGCAGAAAUGUCUUCUAAAGAUGCUUUGACAAAUAGUGAAUACGCGCAAAGUGCGAUAUCGAUUGCACGAAGUUCGGAUAUGGUAACCGGUAUUGUUUGUCAGUCAAACAUUUUCUCGAAUUUAGGACUUAUUCAAUUAACACCUGGAAUAAAGAUGUCGAACAGUUCCGACAAUUUAGGACAACAAUAUAAUACGCCAGAAUCAGUUAUAAAUUCUGGGGCUGAUUUGACCGUGGUCGGUAGAGGUAUUACCGAAGCACAGGAUAAAUUGUCUGCAACACUGGAAUAUAAAAAGGAACUUUGGGCAGCUUACGAGAAGCGAAUAUCGGAUCAAUAGUUUUCAUUAUUUCGCAAAGAACAUUAAAUACGAGGAAAAUAUAUAUUUCUUUUUAUUAUUUGUUUUUUAAUAUAUGCGCUUCAUUUAAAAAUUUUAAAUAAUAAGGUAAUAAUUAGUUUGAAAAGACUGUAAAUAGAGCGAUACAUAAAUUUACAAAGAUUUUAAUGUAUAUACAUUGUACAAUGAUAUACUGGUCUAUUCACACUUUUGUACAAAAGAUUCAAAAUAUAUCCACGUCCCUGUCAAUCAUGAUAUAGAACAUGUCCGCGUGCUAUUAUGUAAAAAUCAUUGUAUUUAUAUCUGUACAUUCUACCUCUUUUGUAUAAAAUGCGAGUAGAUUAAGAUUUUUUUUCAUGUCACAAAUUACGUGUAUA